UGGUCGUCUCCUGCUCCGUCGGCGUCGCAGGCAUGCUCAUGGCAGCACUCUCAGCGUACCUGCCGCUGCUCGUCAAGAACGGCUCGUCGUUCACAGGCCUCACCUCGUCCAACAUCGUGUCGGCUCAGGAGUACAUCUUGUUUCUGGGCCUCUACAUGGUUGCCUUUGGGUUGGGCGGCCUCAGGCCGUGCCUGAUGUCCUUCGGCGCCGAUCAGUUCGACGACGGCGAUCCAUCGGAGCGCGUGACGAAGGGCUCCUUCUUCAACUGGUACGUCUUCAACAUGUACUGCGCAUCGCUGGUAUCCAGCACCGGCAUCGUGUGGGUGCAAGAUCGUUACGGCUGGGCGCUAGGGCUGACCAUCCCGGCGGCCGUCCUCGCCGUCGGGCUUUCAUGCCUGGUCGUCGGAUCGCGGACGUGCAGGUUUCACCGACCCCGCGGCAGCCCACUCACCAGAGUGUGCCAGGUCGUCGUCGCUGCCGUGAGAAAGUUUGGCCUCGAGCCGCCGUCCGACAGCUCUCUUCUCUACGACCCGUGGGAAGAGGACCUCGCAGUUCACAGGAUCGAGCAUACCACUGAUCUCCGAUUCUUCGACAAGGCCGCCGUUAUCGUGGCUUCGGGCAAGGAGGUGGAGACGGCAGCCGGCCGGACGCCACGCAGCCCGUGGAAACUCUGCAUCGUGACGCAGGUCGAGGAGACAAAGAUUCUCGUGCGGAUGCUUCCGCUCUGGGCGACCGUCGUGUUCUUCUAUGCCGUGUUAGCGCAGGUCUCGUCGACAUUCGUCGAGCAAGGCAUAGCGAUGGACGCCGCCGUCGGCUCCGUGCGCGUCCCGCCCGCGUCCAUGUCCACCUUUGAGGUGCUCACCAUCAUCGCCCUGGUCCCGCUCUACGACCGGGCAUUCGUUCCUGCGGCCAGGAGGCUCACGGGGAGGGAGAAGGGCAUCUCAGGGCUGCAGAGGAUCGGUACCGGCCUCGCCAUGCCCGUGCUCGCCAUGGCCGCCGCGGCGCUUGUCGAAACAGCACGCCUCCGAGCGGCAAAGUCGUCGCCGCUGUCACCGAAUGCGACCAGCGUGCUGUGGCAGGCGCCCCAGUACGUGCUGAUGGGCGUGGGCCAGGUCCUCACUACCAUCGGGCAGCUCGACUUCUUCUACAGCCAGGCGCCGGCCGCGAUGAAGACCGUGUGCACGGCGCUCGGGUUCCUCGCGAUAGCGGCCGGCGAUUACCUGAGCUCAUUCCUACUGACGGUCGUGCAGUGGGCGACGUCGACGGGCGGCACGCCGGGGUGGAUCCCCAACGACCUGAACGAGGGUCACUUGGAUCGCUUCUUCUGGAUGAUGGUCGUACUGGGCUGCGUGAAUCUGAUGGCUUUUGUGAGCUGCGCCGCGAGGUACAAGGAAAAGAAUCCAAUAAGAUCUGGUCUUAUUUCUGAGCAAGUGAGACCAUGUUGACAACAAUCUCAAAGCACCAUAGUCUUCUUGCUCGAUUUGAUACAUUUUGCAGUUAA